CAUAGCAGCGGCCCCCGCUCUCUCUUCUCCUUCCCUCCCCGUCGCUGCUUCCCUUUUCUACCCCGGCGAGAAACAAUAGCCAGAAGCUCCAGCGAGCAGGCUCCAUUGACGAAAACAACAAUCUCCAGCCAGCAAGCUCAAGGCAGCGUCACCUCUUUCUCUCUUCCAGCAAGGACGAGAGAACAACAACACCAGCUGCCGGCGAUAUCCCUAGCGCCUCCCUCCAUUCUUUUCUCUUUUCCAGUAACUCCGGCCAUGGCCAGCAGCAGCACGGAGAUAGACAGCGUCUGGUCUUCUCUUUUUCAUUCUCCAAUCAGCGAGCUACGAGGAAGCAACUCCAAAACAGACGCCUUCUCCUCCGAAGAGUCGAGCUCUGGACAACAGCUACAAGACUACAAUAACAAUAACUUGCUUGCUUUAUACCGGAAUGCCACAAUACACCAUAAUAAGUUCAUUCAGGAAACACUUCUUAAUUUGUUACUACGAAAUGACCUUCACUACAACUUGUAUAAUCAAGUAGAAAAAUUUGUUCAAAAGCCCAUCAUUUUGAAGCUCUUUCUAACCAAUAGGUGAACAAACUGACAAAGAGGGGACGAAAGCAUCGAAAACCUUACUUAAAGAGAAUUGGUUUAUUUAUAUCUCUACAAACAUUCUAGCAUUAUUUUUACUUUUUGGCCUAAUUUUGUGAACUUCAAUUAAUGCCAACUCUUGAACAUUCUAGGACUAUUUUUAUUUUUGGGCUUAAUUUUUGUGAAAA